CAGUAUGCUAUAAUUUAGUUGCCAAUCUGCAGAGGUCAUACCACCAGAACUUGUGUGAAACUCCUUGGGCCAGAGCUAUAUGUUGUUGCAUGUUUUUCUCCUUUAACGUGACCAUGAGGACAACUGAGAAAGGUCUGUUUUGCCACCUCUACAUGUUACUGCUUUUUGUAGGUUUUUGCCAAGGAAAGGACCUCUUCUUCAAUGACUAUAAAGGACUCCUACUCCCAGAAUCCUACAAGAUUGGCUGGAUGGAGGACAUUGAUGACAACAAGUUAAUCUCUGACAUCACCAUCCCUGGUACCCAUGACACCAUGGCUCUCUAUGGAGGCCCAGCGGCAGAGUGUCAGGCCUGGGAUUUGGGGGAUCAGCUGAGGGCCGGCAUACGCUAUCUGGACCUCAGGAUAUUUGCCUUUGAAAACAAACUCUAUAUCAUGCACUGGGUUGUCUACCAACACACGUCGUUCAAUGAUGUCCUUGACACGAUCAGAGCAUUUCUGUCCGAAUUCAGAAGUGAGGCGGUUCUCAUUAGAGUAAAGCCUGAUUUGUUUGAUAAAGAGAAUGUUGAGGAGCUGGUUGGAAAAAUGAUUAGUGAUGAUAAAGAUGUAUGGGUGAAGUCUGACAUGCCAACUAUGGCUGAGGCAAGAGGAAAGGUGAUAUUUGUACAGAAAUCCAGCUUUAAGCUGGGCAUUCCUCUCUUGGAAACCGACACCAAGGGUGACUAUGAAGUUACUCAUAUUGCAGACAAGGAGAACAAAAUUGCGAAACACUUGACACAAGCUUCAGGCGAUUGUGGUGGUGAUUAUCUAGUUCUUAGCUACUCCAGUGGCACUGGCAUUGGCACACUGUUGGGCAUGUUUCUAACUCCCAAGAAGGUGGCUGAAAAGAUUAACCCCUGGCUCGAUCAGUAUCUGAGACAGUUCUCCAGUGACCACACCAGGGCAUGUUUCGGGGUGAUUGCCAUGGACUUUCCUGGUAUCGACCUCAUUCAAACAGUCAUUAAGCUCAAUGAUUGGUGAAGUGUUCACCCAUGGAAGUCAUAAUUAUAUUGCUUUCUGAAAUAAAUGUUAGUUGACAGCAUUAGAUUAAGUCAAGCAGCAACACAUGACAUAUACUAUACUUGAUUGUGCUUAUAUUGAAAAGGAGCGAGAUAGAAAAAUAUGACCAAGUAAAGACUUUAGUGAUUGUAACGUGGUAUUGGCAUGUUACAAUCAACAAUAAUGAAGACUUGGCACUGUAACGUCUUUGUACUUUUCCCCUGCUUGCUGUAUUAAAAACAAAGAAAAUCAUUAA